AUGAAUCACGAGUGCCUCAAAAUGGUGAGGGAUAGAAGAGAAAUGCUGGAAGCUAGAAUUGGUACGUUUCAAGUUUGCAUUCAGUUGUAAGUGUUGUAUGAUUUUCAGAAGAACUUCAACUUCAAAUAAGCCGUCUCGAAGAAGAAAAAGAAAAAGAUCCUAAAAAGUUUAGCGCCAAGUAUAAUAGGUGAGAACGGGCGUCGUAAACUUAUAAUAAGUGUGAAUAAUUGUUGAACGUUCAGCUCUUCGCCAAUCUGCUCGUCUCCAGUUCCAUCACCAAAGGCCCCGUCUAUCGAGAAAUACGGAUUUUAUUGCCUUGCGUACCCCAAAAUAGGUUUCUACUAUGGAACCCCAAACAGGUGGGAUCAGCAUUGAACUAACAUUUCAAUUAAUUAUUUUCUGCUUGCAGGACCUUUUAUUUCUUCUUUCCUAAAUGGUUAUGUUUCUGGAGAGAUGCGAUGAUCACUGGCGGAGCCACCGUGGAUUCUGUGACGUAUGUUUGACAUCCUACUUGAAAAUUGAAAGUGAAAUGUUGCUUUUAGAGUGGAAUUGAAGGAAAAAGAGAAGGAUUCCCAGCGAACCGAAGAUUUGCAUAGACAAGAAGAAGAAAAACAAAGAGCCCUAUGGAUGUCUGAACGCGCUGGUCAGCCGAUUCAUAAGAACUGGGGCUGGCUGCAGAGUGUGAUUUCUGAAAGCAACUCGUCGGACAGCCAAGUAAUGAAACAAUGUUUAUAUAUAUAUAAAGAAGUUCACAUAUUAACGUUUGCAGUUACAAAUCUGA